UUCACUCUUGGAACAAAAAAAGGAAGAAAACAGCUUAUGAUGUGUUUGACCAGCUUUCUUUGAAUGCUACUUCAAAAUUCAUUAAUGGCAGAGAAACCUAUACCAUCAAAAUAUUUAGCCUAUAAGUAGCCUUGGUUGCCUUGGAAACAUAUAGCAUGAGAAUUCGGAGAGAGAGCAGAAAUGAGGGCAAACAAGAAGGUGGUGUUCAAAGAUUAUGUGACAGGGGUGGUGGAAGAGAGUGACAUGGAGGUGGUAACAACAGAUACCGUCCAAUUAAAGGUCCCCGAGGGAUCGACGGCGGUGCUCCUCAGGAACCUCUACCUCUCCUGCGAUCCUCAUAUGCGAGCACAGAUGACCAAAAAUGAUCGACGUGGUGCCAUGCACAACUUUCUCCCUGGCUCGGUCAUAAGUGGUUUUGGUGUGGGCAAAGUUUUGGAUUCUGGGCAUCCAGACUUCAAGACAGGGGAGUAUGUGUGGGGUGUGACCGGGUGGGAGGAGUACAGCCUCAUAAGAGCUCCUGAAACGCUUUUCAAGAUCAAGCACACUGAUGUGCCUCUUUCUUACUAUACUGGUAUUCUAGGAAUGCCAGGUUUGACAGCUUUCGUGGGAUUUCAUGAGAUCUGUUCGCCCAAGAAAGGGGAAUACGUAUUUGUAUCAGCAGCAUCUGGUGCUGUCGGCCAGCUCGUCGGGCAAUUCGCCAAACUUAUGGGUUGCUACGUGGUUGGAAGUGCUGGCUCUGACGAAAAGGUCAAUAUACUGAAGAACAAGUUUGGUUUUGAUGAGGCUUUUAAUUAUAAAAAGGAGCCAGACUUGAAUGCAGCUUUAGAGAGGUUCUUCCCUGAAGGUAUAGACAUCUAUUAUGAGAAUGUUGGUGGUUCGAUGCUCGAUGCGGUCCUGCUUAACAUGAGGGAACACAGCCGCAUCGCAGUGUGUGGGAUGGUCUCUCAGUACAAUCUUGAGAGAUCUGAGGGUGUGCACAACUUGAUCUUCCUUGUCACAAAGCGCAUCGAAAUGAAAGGAUUCAAUGUGAUCGACCACUUCCAUCGCCAUUCUCAGUUCGUCGAGACGAUCAUACCACACAUAAAGGACAGGAAGAUUGCUUAUAUGGAAGAUAAAGCUCAAGGGCUUGACAGUGCUCCUGCAGCUCUGGUGGGGCUCUUUGCUGGUCGCAAUGUUGGGAAACAGUUAGUUGUAGUUGCUGAUGAAUAAAUGCAUGGAUUAACUAGGAUUCCAUUACAGUUUUCAAAUGGUUACAGUCGAAUAAUAACAAAACUUGUGAGUGAUUCUCAAUUCAUCUUUCUUGUAUUGAUGUGCAUUGCACACUUUGCAUUGUUGCUAGAUUGUCUAUCACAUAUGUGUAAGUAGUGCCUCUGCAGCUCAGAUAGGGCUCUUCGAUGGUUAGCAAUGUCGAAAAAGAGUUGGUUGCAAUCGCCCAUGAGUAAGUAGGAAUCAGCUGGGAUUCUACUUCAACUAUGAAAUAGCAAUUGGUGUAUUAUUUGUAUGAGUGGAUGCUAAAACUUGCAUGCGAUCCUCAAAUCAAACAUAUUGAAUGCUGAACUUUAGGCGCUGGUUGGCCUAUCAAAGAUCAGGGGGAAUUGUUUAGCCCAAAAGAAAAUUCAGGUGUAUCAAAGAUCAAUCAGUCCAGCAAUUAAUCAAUCAAAGCAUGCAGGCUGCUUGCGACAGAGGAUAAUGGCUUGUUACUUCUUUCGAUAUAAUCCUCUUCACUGGCACCUCGCAAAAGAAAAAUAUGCGAUGCAUUGAAACCUGGGAGGUGCAAGACUAAACCUCCUCAGAUCAUUACAAUCAGUCAAAGUCAGCAGUAAUUACAUGAUCAGAAAAAUAUGAGUGGGGACAAACUGAUCUGACCAUGUCAGCUACUGUCAACGAUUAAUAAGAACACAUGGUGAAAAGUAUCAGUAGUGUAAGUUGAAAAGCUUGCUCUACUCAUGCAUCAAGUAGUGAAACCAUGGUUUUGUUGUUUUCUCGCACGCCACUGUAUAUAGUAAAAGCUUAAAUCUGCGUCAUCGUUGAACAUGAACAAAGAAAGAAAAAAACAAGCAGAGAGUCAUGAUUUGAGUACCAAAAGAUGACAAAAACUCAAGCUGUGGAAAAGAUGAUUAUCAAGAGGGUACAUUCUCAUUUAGUGAUAACAAACAUAAUCAUAACAAUAUAAAAACGAUGUCAUAUACAUCAGCCUGCAACAAGCAAAAUAUGCAAUAGAUUCUUUCCAUGAGCUGAUCACAACUAAGUUAGCUACGCGAUUUGUUUAUGAAGCAAACACUGAUCAAGUACAUUGGUAUAGUUCAUGAACUCUAGCCACUAAUAACCAAAAAAAAAAAAAAAA